UUCCUUGCUCGUCUUCCUUCAGCAAGUUGUGUUCUCACUUCUCUUUUUGCUUUGUUUUAAAAAAUGGGUGUCAAUUCUAAUAGAGUAGAAGAUUUCUCUUCCCAUGAAACUGCUCUCAGAAUCAACACUGAAGCAGUAAUGCCACCCAUGAUACAUAGUGUGUGCCCGCCACCCCAACAAACCACCCUGCAGAAACUGAAACUAAGGCUUGGUGAGAUCUUUUUCCCUGAUGAUCCUCUCUACAGAUUCAAGAAUCAAACUUUGAGCAAGAAACUGGUUCUGGGUCUUCAAUUCUUGUUCCCCAUCUUCCAAUGGGGUCCUGAGUAUAGUUUAAGGCUGUUCAGGUCUGAUAUCAUCUCUGGUCUCACCAUUGCCAGUCUUGCCAUCCCACAGGGAAUCAGUUAUGCAAAACUCGCAAAUUUGCCACCUAUAGUUGGGCUAUAUUCAAGCUUUGUACCUCCAUUGAUAUACUCUAUCCUUGGAAGUUCUAGACACCUUGGUGUUGGUCCAGUCUCUAUAUCAUCUUUGGUAAUGGGGUCCAUGCUAAGUGAGGCAGUUUCUCCUACUGAAGAUCAAAUUCUUUAUCUGAAAUUGGCCUUCACUGCUACCUUCUUUGCUGGUGUGUUUCAGGCUUCUCUAGGUCUACUAAGGUUAGGCUUUGUUAUUGAUUUUCUCUCAAAGGCCACUCUUGUUGGGUUUAUGGCUGGUGCAGCCAUUAUUGUUUCACUGCAACAGCUAAAAGGGUUGCUUGGAAUUGUUCACUUCACUAGCAAGAUGCAGUUUGUUCCUGUGAUGUCCUCUGUUUUCAACAACAGAGAUGAGUGGUCCUGGCAAACCAUUGUUAUUGGCUUCGGUUUCUUGGUGUUUCUAUUGACAACAAGGCAUAUUAGCAUGAAGAAACCCAAGCUUUUCUGGGUGUCAGCAGCAGCACCAUUAACAUCAGUGAUCAUCUCCACCCUUUUAGUUUUCUGCCUCAAAUCAAAGAUUCACGGAGUCUCAAUUAUUGGUCAUUUGCCUAAGGGCUUGAAUCCACCCUCAGCAAAUAUGCUAUAUUUUAAUGGUUCGUAUCUGGCAGUUGCCAUCAAAACUGGCAUUGUAACUGGAAUCCUAUCUCUCACUGAAGGAAUUGCUGUGGGAAGAACAUUUGCUGCACUAAAGAACUACCAAGUCGAUGGUAACAAAGAAAUGAUGGCUAUUGGUCUCAUGAACGUUGCUGGUUCUUGUUCUUCAUGUUAUGUUACAACAGGAUCAUUUUCUCGAUCUGCAGUCAACUACAACGCUGGAGCACAGACUGCACUCUCGAACAUAGUAAUGGCUUCAGCGGUGCUUGUGACUGUGCUCUUUCUCAUGCCGCUCUUUUACUACACUCCCAAUGUAAUCUUGGCAGCCAUCAUAAUAACAGCUGUGAUUGGACUAAUUGAUUACCAGGCUGCAUAUCAAUUGUGGAAAGUUGACAAGCUUGAUUUCUUGGCUUGUUUGUGCUCCUUCUUCGGUGUCCUUUUCAUUUCAGUGCCUUUGGGUCUUGCCAUAGCGGUUGGAGUUUCAGUACUCAAAAUUCUACUGCAUGUCACCAGGCCAAACACCGUAGUUAUGGGAAACAUACCAGGAACACAAAUAUACCAGAGCCUCAGCAGAUACAGAGAAGCUCUAAGAGUUCCUUCAUUUCUCAUGCUGGCUAUUGAGUCCCCGAUCUACUUCGCAAACUCUACUUACCUCCAAGAAAGGAUACUAAGGUGGGUUCGUGAGGAAGAAGAGAGGAUAAAAGCAAAUAAUGGAAGUGCACUUAAAUGCAUAAUUCUAGACAUGACAGCUGUUACAGCUAUAGACACAAGUGGUAUUGAGUUACUAUGUGAACUCAGAAAGAUGAUGGAGAAAAGAUCUCUACAGCUUGUGUUGACAAAUCCUGUUGGAAGUGUGAUGGAAAAGCUGCAGCAAUCCAAAGUAUUGGAGUCAUUUGGAUUAAAUGGACUCUAUCUUACAGUUGAAGAAGCUAUAGCCGAUAUUUUGGCCUUGUGGAAGUCUCAGCCAUGAUUGUUUAGAGUUUAGGACAGUGGAAAGAAAUGAAAAGAUGACUAACUCUUUCAGAUUAUGACAGGUUAGAUAUGGAGAGCUGUAGUCAGGAGAGUAGUACUCUUUUUCUGUUUGCGGGGAAGCAAGGCAAUGGAAAAUAUUGCCUUCUUUUUUUGAAAAAAAAUGAGAAUAGAUGAUAAAUAUGCUCUUUUGAGAAGAGAUUUUGAAGUUCUUAACUCUCAGCAAAUUUAUUGAAUUUAAUUUACUGCUGACUUCUGCA